AUGCCAGGCACAGUUAUUCCCCCAGUUCCACAUCGCACUCCUGUUGCACCAACAAAAGAAGCUUUGGAGUAUGCUGACCUCGCAAUCAUUGAUCUUGCCAAGGCAGAGACUGCAGAAGGUCGCACUGAGCUAGCCGUCCAACUGCGAGAGGCCUUGUCUACGCAAGGGUUCUUCUAUGUCAUCAAUCAUGGAUAUACGCAAGCCCAGAAUGAACGUAUAUUCGACGUCGCCGAUCUUCCUUUCAGCUAUGUUUCAGAGGGGGAGAAGCGAGAGUACGCCGCGAAUAUAAAAGAAGGUGGCUCGUAUCAAGGUUACAAAUUGCGGGAACUUUGGACCAUCAAUGCCGGCGUUCGCGACCAACUAGAGCAUUACAACAUCAACCGCGAUAUUACGCGGAAGCAGCACCCAGAAGUCCUGCGUCCUCUUCUGCCAGAGAUAGGAGCCUUUGCGAAAUUUAAUCACGUUGAGAUAUUGCAUAAACUCCUGCGACUUUAUGCGAUAGGUUUAGAGAUUCCAGAAGACACAUUUAUAAACCAGCACAACUAUUCUGCACUAGGCGAAAGCUAUGUACGGUUUAUGAAAUAUUACCCGAGAUCGGAAGAUGACGAGACGAAGACGAAGAAUACCUGGUUGAAAGGUCAUACUGAUCUUGGAAGCGUCACCAUCCUAUGGAGCCAACCUGUCUCUGCGCUCCAAAUCAUGUCGCCAGACGGGAAGUGGCGCUGGAUUAGGCAUAUCGAGAACGCCCUUGUGGUGAACUCAGGCGAUACGAUGGAGUUCCUCUCAGGAGGCUUCUACAAAGCGACCAUUCACCGCGUCGUCCAGCCACCCCCGGACCAGCGCGGCCUGACCCGCCUCGGGGUCUUCUACUUCGCCAUGCCCGAUGACGACGUGAGGCUAAUUCCAUACAUGGGGAGCCCUGUUCUCCAGAGACAUGGGAUUGUGCGUCGUGUUCCUGACGCUAGCGCACCUACGAUGGAAGCUUAUCGAAAGGGGAGAACAAGCUCGUUUGGCCUGGCCGAGUUUCAGAAGAAAGGGAAUGGGAUUGAGGAAGAGAUCGUUGCCGGAAUUGUGGUGAAGCAUUACUUUUGA